CUGAGUCCUGGUCAGAGUUACCCUGAUGGGAUGGAGCCCAAGACUCAAAUAUCUGCUCAGUUCCCUGAAAUGCAACAGUCUCCACAUAAAUGCAGUGUGCACUGGACAGAGAGCACAGAGCCGCUGAUGCUCCUCUGAAGUGAACAGAGGAGAAUACACAGACAGCUCAACGGGGAGGCAUGACAAAGUCAGGUUAAAGACUUUUGGCACAAAGGCAGGGUUAGGUUUGAAUAAAACUAUAGAAUCCCCCUUUCAAUGAAUGUUAUGGCUCUGGUCUGAUCUUUGGUUUGGUCUCUGGUCUGGUCUUAGUCCUGGUCUUUGUCCUAGUUCUGGUCUGGUCUUUGUUUCAGGUACAGAUGUCUAAUUCAUCCGCGGUUCUGGACCCAGUGGUGUUUGAGCUGGAGGGUUUCAUGGUUGCCCCUGGUUACGGGCCCCUCCUCUUCCUGUUGCUGUUGUGUAACUUCCUGUUCGUGUGGGCGGGUAACGGGGCAGUGCUGGUUGCCGUGGCGACAGAUAGGCGGUUGCGGAGGCCGAUGUUUGUGCUGAUGGUUAAUCUGGCUCUGGUGGACCUUCUGGGGGCCACGGCUGUCUGUCCCCACAUCCUCAUGCACUUCCUGUACGCCGACCGGUCAGUCGCCGUCCAGGGCCCUGGGUCACAACCGAUCAGCUACCGCUCCAUCAGCCACUCCCUCGCUCUGCUGCAGGCUUUCGCCGUUCACACGUACGGAGUCGCCGUGCAGACCGUGCUCGCCGCCAUGGCCUACGACAGGUACGUGGCCGUGUGCGAGCCGCUCCUGUACCACACCAUCAUGACUCCGCUCCGGGUUUUCUGGCUCUGUUUCUGGUCCUGGUUCUCGGCCUUUGUCUUUAUCGGGAUUCUGUUCGGCCUUCACUCCGGGACCAGGUUCUGCGGGACUCUGAUCCAACAUGUUUACUGCAGUAACCGAGGAAUACUUCAACUGUCCUGUGAUCCCACGCCCAUCAACAACUACUAUGGUCUGGUGAUGACAUAUACAGUCAGCACAAGCGUGUUCCUGGUCACGGCGUUCUCGUAUGCUCGGAUCCUGUUGGCAGUCCUGGGUCGUGGUGGUCUAGACCCGGUCCAGACCCGGUCCAAGGCCCUGCAAACCUGCUCCUCCCACCUGCUGGUCUACGUGCUGUACAACUUGGCAUCCGUCAUCAUCGUCAUAUCGUACCGCUUCCCUGCUCUUGCCCCAAACAUCAAAAAACUCUUCAGCAUCCUCUUCAUCAUUGUCCCGCCUGCCGUCAACCCGCUCGUCUACGGCCUGGUGAGCCGCGAGCUGCGCAGCGCCAUCUGCAGGCAGCUGAACCGCGUCGCACCCAAGAGACACAGCUGA